AAAGUGACAUAUUGUUUUGUUUUUCAAUUCGGAUGCAAUCGUGAAAAUUUAAUCCAGAUAUAUUGUUGAAAUUAAUAUAUUUCCUUAUUCGAAAAUUACUUUAAACCAAUAAGUCUAAGCCUAUCUUAGCAAAUUUAAAAGAAAAGACUCAGAAAUUAGACUUUUGCAAUGAUAAAAAUGCGACCAUAUGUUCCAUCAGAUCGAAUUGCGAUUCGUGAUAGCAUCGAAGAAGAUAUAAGUGAUGAAGUCGAAGACGAUGUUUUUAUCAAGGAUGCUCGCACGGCCAAGAUUAGUGAAGAAAAAGGACUGAAACGACCAUUAAUGGCGCCACGUCGGAAAAAUGGUGGAAAGCCACAGAGUUCACUCCCGCCUAUAAUGAAAAAACAUCGAAGAUGCUGGAAAUGUUGUGAACCAUUUUGCUACGGCUUAGCAGCCUUAACUAUUUUAAUUGGAUUCAUAAUGUUGGCCGCAAUGAUACUGACAAUGUUUCCGAUUCCCUUGCAAAAAAUCAAAAUAUGGCUGAAAAAAGAACCAAAUUUCAGUUUGCCUUCACCAGUUUUGUAUGGUGAUAGUAUGGGUAGAUUUGUACCGUGCACUCAGAUAAGUGUGCACAAAAUAUGGAGUCGUACGUUUCCGCGAAUAAAUAGUGAAAGUCCUAUGAGAAAGGUUGAUUUAAAUGGGGACGAUAUAAUGGACAUAAUUUUUGGCUAUGGAGUUGACGAUAACAUUCAGUAUGAUGAAAUAUCCUUGCCAAAAUGUAAAUCGGUACAACAAGGUGACAAUGAAGAUGUUCCAUGCGAAGGGGGAGUUAUAGCUCUUGAUGGGGCAAACGGAAAAUUACUGUGGCAAACUUGGAGCAUAGGAAAUGUUUUCUCUUUGUAUUGCACCGUCGAUAUCGACAAAGACGGUUUCACGGAUUGCAUAGCAUCUGGCCGUUUAGGUAUGAUUUUUGCUAUAAAUGGUCGAAAUGGAAACAAAAUAUGGGACUUUAAGGAGACUGAAAUCGAAACGAAUUCUCCUAUUGUAAUCGACCUGUAUACUAUAAACUCAGUUCGUGAUUUAGAUGGCGAUGAAACACCUGAAGUAUUAGCAGUUCAUGUAGAAGAACGAGCCACUUCGAGAUCUGGUCACAUCAAACUGAUAUCCGGUAGGACAGGGAAGGUCAUUCGUGUGAUUCCAACACCAUUUCGUGAAGAAGCUUUUGUCCCCAUACAAAUAGUUACACAACAAGAUGGAACUGAGGUUUUAAUGAUAAUAACCGGGGGUCAAAAUACACCUGGUGGUGUUUACUCCAUUCGCCUUCUGAAUCUAAUGCAAUACACGAGUGAAAAACAGUUUAUAUCAUUGUACAGGACCAAUUCUUCGGGUUUUAUGGCUCCAGCAAUUUUGACUGAUUUAACGGGUGACUCAAUAAAUGAUAUUAUUGUGUCCUCAUUUAAUUCAACAAUAUAUGCAUUUGAUGGAAAAACCUUUGCAAUGUUAUGGAACUUCACUUUCCCAGCAAGUGAAAGUGUCAGUGCAAUUGUUCCUGGACAUUUCAACCAUGACAAUGUUACCGAUUUCAUGGUUAAAUAUAACACUGGACCAGGAUUUCCAGUUUAUUAUUAUUCACAGACAACAAUUUUGGAUGGAAUCACUGGAAAACCAUUGUUAGAUGCAAUGAUGACUGAUUCGGGAGGAGCUACCAGUUUGCUCGGUGGAAUGUCAAUAUCACAGACUUUUGGCGGUGAUUUCUUUUUGCACUGGCAAACUCAAUGUAGAAACAAAUAUGGCGCUAAAGAUGCAUAUGAGUUUAUUCCAGGAAGUGAUAUAAUUCUUCAAGCUAGAGCAGAUACAUGUGUUUUAAGAUAUAAUGAAUCGACUGUUGUAAAAUUAUAUGCGAUUGCAAGACAUAUUGAGCCACCAGGCGCUGUUAUAUUCAGCACAGACGACUUGGAACUCAAAUUAAAUCGAACUCAAAGUUCUCAGCUUAUCAAAAUAGAAAAAUCUAAGUCACCUCUAAAACACCCAAAAAUGCUGAAUAAACUGAUGAAAAAUAAUAACCAACGAAAUGAAGAAGAACAAUUGAAAACUGAUGAUAAGGUUCUAAAGAGCACAUCGGUUAAACCAAAAUUGCAUUCCGUUAAACUUGAUAAAAGUUCCUUAGAUGACAAGGCGGAAUCUAUGCCGAUUUUUGGAAGCAGAAGAAAUUACCAAUAUUUGCCGUAUCAGAACAACAAUCCACGAGAUUUUAAAGAUUAUGAAGCCGAACCACCUCGAAGUCAAGAAGAAUAUCAAGAAAUUUACGUUGACAAUGAUGGCAUAACCAAUGAUCGUCCAAUACGACUAAGGUCUAAAUACCCCGGAAAUAGAGACGUCCGAAGUGAAUUCAUUAGUCUUGAAACGACUCCCAACGAUACAGUUCCCAGUAUUGCACAAAAUAGUCUCGAAAAAGAGGAACCAUUAAGUCUGUGGGACUUAGAAGUUGAAAAAGAAGAACAAGAUGUUCUCAAAGACAGAAACAAAUACGAAUAUCUUCCCAACGAAAGUCAACAACGAAAACAACGUGAUGAUAGCAACACAGAUAAAGAUGAUGAUGUACAGUAUUUAGCUUCGAUAUCUUCAAGUGGUGUUCUCUUAAAACCGCUGGACAAUUUACCAACAUCAAUAGAUUAUGCCUUCUUAUUGAAUAUCAGAGAAUCUGAGACUUAUCCACCACUUUUCUUACCCCAAGAUUGGAAUUGUAUGGAAGAAAAAAUAAGCGCUUACCGAAGUUACACAGCGGAAAAUUUAAGCGUUUUAGAAAAACAAUUCUUAAAGCAAUGCUUAAGUGGAAGGAGCAUAAGUAGCCUUACACCAUCCAUACCCAGAUAUGAGUCGCAAAUGGUCAUCACGAGGAUUACUUUAACGUGUACGUGUCGUUCAUUAGAAAAAGGUGAAAUUUGCUCCGAGCUGGACGAUAUCAAAAAGCAACGAUGGACUGAAUUUAUGGGGAAUACUGGUGAUGGGACUUAUAGAAAUUAGAAGAACAUUUUAUUUAUUUUUUGAUCAAGCACAAAUAACUUAAAGAAAAAAUUUGAAUUUGAAAAAAAGUUUAUUUUCAUAAAAAAAAUUUGUUUUAAUGCAAAUGUACAUAAAUAACAAUCAAUAUUUAAUUAAAUUUAAUUACAAUCCAAGUUUGUGU